CGACACCGGGUUCUAUUGUUCCGCCCCCUUCCUACUUCCAUUAUUAUUAUUAUUAUUAUUGAAGGUUCCACCUUCGCCGGCACCGAUUUUGGGGACUUUGCGUACAGUCCCUAGAUUGUUUGGUGGCGUGGGCGUGGUUUGUUCCUGGUAUCAGGGCUGUACCGGUAACGAUUAAAUCUGACAGCCAAGACUUCUUUGCUUUUUUCACCCGGUUUCCCCCCCCCCCGCGCCAGAGCAGCUUCAAUUAAGCAAUUGAUAGUGUGACGGUCAAUAAAUAAAUAAGUGGGUUCCUUAUUUUCGAUUGCCCUCCCAGAAAGAAAUCUUGUAGCCUAAACAGGCAACGACUUUUUCCCGUUUUCCCUUUUUCAAGGGUUUAGUUCUCUUGCCGGAGCGAUUUACCACAACUACUCUGGCUGCUCCGACAGUAAAUCCUCGGUUUCAGCUUGUUUCCAUGCAUCCUUCCUUGCACUUCCGCCGCAGAGCUUUUGUCAACCACUCCAGUUUCAGGUACCAAGCUCCACUUCGUCGGUAUUUCUUGCAUCCUGCCGCUGCAAGGGACCGGAGCUGCCCAACCUGCACUAAUAGCUCGAGACCAAGGGCCGGGUAGGUUUAUGCAGUUGCCUGGUUAUUGUGAUUAUUAUUUGCAGUGUGUUUGUGUUCAGUAUUGGGCUUUUCUGAGGAGUCCUUCGGGGCCUUCAAACUAGUUGAGUUUCACUUUUGAUGUUUAUUUUGCUCCUGCCAUAUGACAUGCGGGAUUGGUGAGGAAGGCUUUGGAAGGCAAACCAUGUGGAUAACUAAACAGUAGAUUUGAGCCAAUAAUGCAUUGGCAAGGUGUUUAUGGAAUUGAUUGACGUCUACCUCAGACAUCAUUAACCCUGGCCUCAGAAAUGAACCCCAAGUCGCCCAAAAUCAUGGAGAUUUGGAAGCACUCUGACAGAAUUUCUUUUCCCUUGGGACUUCUUUCUGCUCCUGCCAAAACUGACUCGACAAAGCAAUGCGCCCGAGCUGGGUUGGAACAUAAUUGUGACUCAGGAGAUAGCCUUAGGCGAAGCAGAGCGCUGCAUUUCUAGCAUGUGUCCUCUCUGCGGUGUAUAUAGACCAGGCAGCAAUAGUUAGUUCAACCUCAGAUUUAUCGAGUCUUCACAAAAGAAGGGUGUUUAAAUGUCAGCAAUCAGACACACCGGGAGGUUGUUCCGAUGUUGAAUCACCUGGAAACAGAUGUCGUGGUGCUUCCUAUGUGGUCUGCGCUUAUUGCCUGGGAUGCUGGUGCAUCUGAAGAAAUAAUCAGCACACGCGUAGUAAUAAGGAGUAUGAACGUCGUCAGUUCCUCCCAUGGAUAGAAAAAAAAAACCUCUCAGAAUGCGUCAAAGUGCCAUACGAAUCAGUCCAUGUUAGUUUGUCCGUUGGGGAGCAGGGCCCGCACAUUUAAUAGAAGACACAGAACUAUACAAUACUGUCCGAAAUCGGAUAGAAUCUAGAAAAAUGGGAAAAGAUAAAAUGGAUUAAGUGACGAAUCUCAUGAGUAUAUGAAUAUUCUCAGUGGCCUAGCUACAACAGGCUGCAGACAUUGUGCCAAGGCUGCGCGAUGAGAGUUAAAUAACAAGCAAGAUACAAAAUCUACUUGUAAAUAAACUCAGCAUAACAUUAUACGUUAAGAAAUCGCACAUAUCUCUAUUGAACUCUCAGGAUAAAAAAUGAUCUCCAGAAGAGUCGACUGUUGAUGGUGAAAAGCGGGGUAGACGCCCUCAGCCGGUAGGAAUGGCCUCUUGGAGGCUUGUCUUCUAUGCACGAACCUUGACGAGGCGCAAAGUGUGUCCAGACAUGAAGAAAGGAAAAUCUCGAAAUCUUGAGAUAGAAAAUUCCGGAUAUUGACCAUACAUGCCAUCGCACGGAGUGUUGGUAGUAGGUAUAGGAUAAGUUGGAGGUUCUGCUGUUGAUAGAUUAAUAAUAACUUGUUCGAUCCAGACGCCAAGCCCUUACGCCACGAUUGCGGCUAGAAUCGUCGGAGAUUCUGAGGCUCCAGACUCCCGGACCAUCAGCAAAUCGCCUGCUUCCAACCUCCCAACGACACAACCAGGCCUUUGACGACAACAGGUGCUUGGACUUUGAGAGUUGAUUUUACUCAGACGAUGCCGGGCCUUGUUCUUUCGAUGACAAAAAGCAUAUCAUGAUCCCGCAUCCCUCUCGACCCCCUUAUACCACUUCCAAGACAAGAAAGUUCCCCAGUCCCGCGAUUUCUAAGGGAACUCAGGGGCCACCGUUUGGAGCUCCCGUUUCCACUGCUACUAUUACAAUACAGCAAUGAGCGACGAGAAAUCAAAAUACGAAUUCCUCCCCAUCCCUACCUAUGAAGAAGCCACUUCCUCCCGUCCGUCCUCCUCCCAAUCUCGCCUCGGCCCAGAAGAAGUCAGUGACGAUGCGGAAAGACAAGGCCUCCUCACCAGUGGCUCCGGCCAGCGUGAGGAAACCAGAUACCCGGAGAACUAUCAGCCUCCAACGGUAGAGUCGGAGCGGUCGAGUCUCGAUUUCCUUCCCUCGUCCAAUGGUAGUUCAGCGCGUGGUUCGACGGAAGAGUUGCGGCGGGAGUUGGAGCAGAUGGAUGUGGAAGAGCCCGAUGGAAACUCCGGGUCAUCGUCUUCAUUAUCACGUUCUUCGCUUUCAAAACGAUUUACACAUUUCAGAAGGACGCUAUCGUCGAUACAGUUACCGUUAUGGAAAUACGUGCCCAAGUUCAAUUUCGCCAGACCGCAGUUUCUGAGGGAUAUUGUGUCGCGGGUGGAACAUCAACAUUGUAUUAUUAUCCUGAGGAUGGUUGGAUUGUUUAUUCUCGUUACGAUUAUAUACUUUCUCGUGGUCUCAGAUGUGGUCAGCUUUGCCCGCCCGAUAAAUAUAGGACAGAUGUACGAUCCGGAAUCCGUUCGUAUAUACGUCCAGAGCCAUAUCAACGAGACGCACAUCGCGGAGAACCUCGAGAUGAUGACAAAAUUCCCCCAUGUUGCUGGCACAGAAGGGAAUUAUGUUUUGGCACAGUGGAUUGAGGACAAAUUCAAGUCUGCAUAUAUGGAUGAUGUUACAAUGGAACAAUUCGAUGUGUAUCUUAAUUAUCCCAAGGAAAACGGAAGAAGGGUCGCCAUUGUUGAUCCACCGGAGCUCGCUUGGGAGGCCAAAAUCGAAGAAGAACAAUCCUACGGAGGCCCACCCAGAAAGCAAUAUCCGGUAUUUCACGGGCAUUCGAAGUCUGGAAACGUCACGGGCCCUCUAAUAUAUGCGAAUUAUGGUUCGCGAGAAGACUUCAAGGCGUUAGGUGAUAUGGGUGUCAAACUGGAAGGCUCGAUUGUUCUGGUUAGAUACUAUGGUACACAGGGCGACAGAGCGCUGAAGAUAAAAGCAGCGGAACUGGCUGGAGCCGCUGGAUGCAUCAUUUAUUCUGACCCUGCCGAUGAUGGUUUCGUUCUAGGUCCGGAGUGGCCUAAAGGACGGUACAUGCCUAGUGAUGGGGUACAGCGAGGAGGGGUGAGUAUGAUGUCUUGGGUAGUUGGUGAUGUAUUAAGUCCGGGAUUUGCGUCAUUGCCUGGCGAAAAGAAGAGAAUAUCUCCAGAAGAGAGUACUGCGCUUCCUAAAAUCCCUAGCAUCCCCAUUGCGUGGCGGGAUGCCCAACCUCUCCUGAAAGCACUUCGAGGCCAUGGGAAAAAAGUACCCAAGGAAUGGGUGGGCGGAGUUCCGAAACUUGAGGAGUGGUGGUCAGGAGACCCAUCGUCGCCGAAGGUUAACCUUGUCAACAUCCAAGACGAAUUGGAGCGCCAGCCGAUAUUCAAUGUUAUCGGCAGGAUAACCGGAGUCGAACAAAGUGAAAAGAAGAUCGUCGUCGGCAGCCAUCGCGAUGCAUGGUGCUUUGGAGCCGCAGAUCCAGGAAGCGGAACUGCAGUUCUCCUUGAGGUGGUUAGGGUGUUUGGAUUAUUACGUUCGCAUGGCUGGCGACCUUUGCGAACUAUUGAGUUCGCCAGUUGGGAUGGGGAGGAGUAUAACCUGAUCGGGUCCACGGAACACGUGGAAAACGAGCUCGACGAACUCCGCCGCAACGGCUUUGCCUACCUAAAUGUCGAUGUUGCAGUAUCAGGCAACAAAUUCCGCGCCGCUGCUUCCCCUCUCUUGGAGCGGGUCCUACUUCGGAUCCUCAAACGAACCUCAGACCCAGUUACACACCGAACUCUGCGGUCGCUGUGGGAUGAACGGGAUUCCAAACUCGAAGGUCUGGGUGCUGGGAGUGACUAUGUUGCCUUCCAAGAUAUCGCAGGCAUGUCGAGCAUUGAUUUCGGCUUCACUGGUGACCCCUAUCCCUAUCACAGCUGCUACGACAACUUUGAUUGGAUGACCAGGGUUGGCGACCCGGGUUUUAAAUACCACAAGGUUCUUGGUCAGAUCUGGGCUUUACUCCUUCUCGAGCUCGCUGAUAACCCAAUCCUCCCCUUCGACAUACAAACCUACGCUGUUGCCGUUACGAGAUAUGUCUCUGAUCUAGAAGAAUAUGCCAAAUCCAAACAUGUACCCUUGUUGGGAGCUCGAGAGGGCACCAGAACAACCAGUAACACCGAUAAUAAAGUCCCUAAUUCCGAUUCUAAUGUGGUAAACAUGCAGCCGCUGCAUGAUGCUGCAAAGGUCUUCCGUGAAAAUGCUGUCAAAUUCCACCGGUGGGGCCACAGCUGGAAUGAAACGCUCUCGUCUUCGGGAGGUUAUGAAAGCAACGUCAUGGCCAUUAAGCGGAUGAGCCAUAAUAGCCACAUGGCCUAUUUCGAAACCAACCUUUUGGAUUUGGAAGAGGAUGGCGGAAUCCCCAACCGAACUCAAUUUAAACACGUCAUCUUCGGACCGCAGGCAUGGUCAGGCUACGACGAAGCAUUCUUCCCGGCAAUCCGAGACGCGCUUGAUUCCGGGAAUUGGACCGAGUUGCAGAAGUGGAUUGAUAAAGUGUCCAAGAUCAUAACCGACGCCAGCAUAGCGCUGAAUAACUGAUACUUGAACGCAAAUGCUGUCCACUCAGAAAAAGAAGAAGAAAAAGCGAGAAGAGGGCUGGCUCUCCACCCACCCGGCUUGCGGCAAAGCAAUCCUUCCUCUUCCUCCUCCUCCUCCUCCUCUCUCCACAUAUUGAUAGAUAGAAUAUCCCACCACUGGGAGCCAAGCCAGACUCAUCCAUGGUCAUACGCACGUAUAUUUCCGUUCUCACCGUCCUCAACAAACGAAUGGUAAGCUAGCCUCUCGGCCCAACUUAACAACUAUCCAAGCAUAUACACAUCCUACUUGUCAGGUACCAACAUGCGCCCCUCUCGACUUAACCCCUAGCACAUACCUACCUAUCUACCUACGUACAUACGCACAUACACCCACCAAGGCCCUACAUUAUUCUUUCCUAUGUACAUGUACAUACAUGUAUUACAUAUCUAUACCUGCGCACAUCAACCUGUUUCCUACCUAUGCCUUUUUCAAUUCUCAAUACCUCUUUUUGCCUUUCUGCUUUUGCCUCUUUUCAUUAUCUGGCUGUUUUCAAGGGGCCGUUUUUUCUCUUCGCUGUUACCUCCAUCAUCCGUGGAUUCCUCUUUUUUUAUUUUUAUUUUUUUUUAUUUUUAUUUUUAUUUUUAUUUUUAUUUUUAUUUUUUUUUUUUUUUGGCUGCUACCUCUUUCUAAAGAUUUUGAUAUAAUUCCAUUUUUGUGUGAAAUAUAUUAUUCUUGCUCAUCUAAUUAUUUAUCACUACUUUGUUUCUCCACUUAAAUUAUAAGAGCUACCCCAUUUCUUUCUUCCUUUAAUUUUCUGUUCAAGAUUCUGAAUCUCAGCUUGGAUGUGGCUGCUUUCAUUUAUAAAACACACACCUCAUCAAGCCCGGCCCCCCCUUUUUGUUAUAUACAUGUAUAUAGGAUGCAGAGAGCAAGAAACCUUACAAACCCCUACUACCCACUGACUUUCAAUGGAUAUAUAUCAAAGUUAAUAAAAAUCAUGGAUUUAUUCUGUACGCUGUUCACAUCUAGUUAACUAGUUAUGUUGCCAUUCUCAAAACAUUCCAGAACAUGCUUGGUAGAAUUGAAGGAAAAGGGGUACAACGACAGGAGAAAAAAAAAAUCCACCAUCUGCGGAACCCAGAGGGCAUCGUUUAAACUAUUCACCACUUAUUAUUAUUCUGAUUUGCAACAGCUUGCAAUAAAAUGAACGAAAGGAAGAAAGAUUCCCAUCCAUCGAUUGAACUAUUUAUUAUCUAUAACUUUUUGUAUGUAGCCAAUUAAUUCAUGUGUCUAUUAUACAAUUA